ACGACCGGCCACGACCGCACUCCCACCGCCCUGUCGCACGCGACGUCCACCGCCCUCAUCCCCAGGAUCAUCCAGCCCUGACACACAGCAACCAUGUCUGGCGGCGCUGAGACCCUCCCCGUCUUCACCGAGACCUCCGCGUACUCGCUCGCCUUCGUCGCCGUCGUUGGCGUUGCGGCGUACGUCUCGUCCAAGAAGUACCUUCCCAAGACUGCGAGCUGGCAGGACAAGUUUACCUGGAUAUGGCUGGCGUUCGACGCCAUGAUCCAUUUCACAUUCGAGGGUUCGUUCCUCUGGUUGUCGACCUUCGGACGACAGGUCAACACCAGUGAGGGGCCCUUCGCCGAGCUUUGGAAAGAAUACACACGAGCUGAUGCUCGCUGGGGCUUCUCCGACCCAACCGUCGUCUCCCUCGAGAUCCUGACCGUGCUCGGCGCUGGUCCUCUUUGCUGCUACAUCCUCAACCGGCUCGCCCAGAACGACCCUGCCAGGCACUACUGGAUCAUCGUUCUUAGCACCGCGGAACUAUACGGAGGCUGGAUGACGUUCUGCCCUGAAUGGCUCACGGGCAACCAGUACCUGAACACGGACAACAUCCUCCAUUUCUGGAUUUACCUCGUUUUCAUGAAUGUCAUCUGGGUUGUUGUCCCCAUCUGGCUCAUGAUUGAUUCGUAUGGGCACAUUGCCGGGUCACUACGUGCAGCGCAGGCUAAAACCAAGGCGCAAUGAGAAACUCCAACUGAGCUGACUUGAAUAUGCUCCACAAAACUAUGCAACGCGCUUUUGUGAGGCGCGACUCCGGCUCUCGCCUCCAUAAUGCAGUCUUGGUCUGCUCGUGUACCCUUGAUGCUUGUUUACGGAUCCACUCAAUGUUCGUGUGCUCUCCAUCUACACUGUAUCUAUCCGGUCUUAGCUAGCAUGCUCGAAGAAUGCACAAUUGAUUAGCAACUACCUUUCCUACACUUCUUACACAAGACAUUCCAAUCAAUCC